AUGUGUAAAAUGGAGGAUCAUCCUGGCCAUCCUAUUUCCAACUAUGAUUUCUUGUCAGGGAAUGGUGUUCAUACGAAUAAAUUAGUCCAUAAGAACUACGACCGGGACUCCUCAUCAGCCAAGUCUGGCCGGUCACAACAAGAAGCAUCUGCAACGAGUGACAGUGGUCUAAAUGAGCAACACACCUCAAGACCCUCAUCACAAUCUGACAAUGACAAUGAUCAUGGGAAGCCCGAUCAGCACAUGGUAAAGCCGCUUUUAUCUUUGGGGAACCCAGAGACUGUUGCUCCCCCACCAAUGCUUGAUUGUAGCCAAUCAUUUGCAUAUAUUCCUUAUACUGCUGAUGCUUAUGCUGGGAUCUUUCCAGGAUAUGCCUUGCACGCUAUUGUUCAUCCCCAAUUAAAUGCUGCAACAAACUCUCGUGUGCCGCUCCCUGUUGAGCUUGCAGCAGAAGAGCCCAUGUUUGUUAAUGCAAAGCAAUACCAUGCAAUUCUUAGGAGGAGGCAGAUACGUGCUAAACUGGAGGCCCAAAAUAAGCUGGUGAAAGCCCGGAAGCCAUACCUUCAUGAAUCUCGGCACCGCCAUGCCAUGAAGCGAGCUCGUGGAACAGGAGGGCGGUUCCUCAACACAAAACAACUCGAGGAGCAGAAGCAGAAGCAGGCUUCAGGUGGUGCAAGCUGUACAAAGGUCCUUGGCAAGAAUACACUCCUUCAGGAUAGCCCUGCCUUCGCACCUUCGGCAUCAGCUCCCGCCAACGUGUCAAGCUUUUCAACAAUCAGCAUGCUGGCUAAUCAGGAGCGCACCUGCUUCCCCUCGGUUGGCUUCCGUCCCACAGUUAGCUUCAGUGCACUGAAUGGCAACGGGAAGCUGGCAACGAACGGAAUGCACCAGCGGGCUUCCAUGAUGAGGUAA